AUGCGGUGCUCCAUCGCUGCAUUGUCUCUUGUUACUCCAGCGCUGGCGCUGCCAACACUUUCCUUACUAAACGGAGGUCUAUUUGGUGGACAUCAUCUGCUUGGUGAUAUCUUCUCGCACGGUCACAACGGUGGCUCAUCUUAUACCGAAGCACCAGCAUACGACAGUGGCUCGUCUGCGUCCGAUUCUAGUUUUACACCUACAGACGAUGAAGCGCCUGGCUAUAACAGCGGGACUAUCUCUGAUGAACAAGGAUCCGCAAACGGGAACAUAGCUCCUCAAGGAAGCGGUGUGUCUUCUUCUAUAGUUGAUGCAGCUUCUGCAUCUAUACAAGCGCCUUCUAGCGCCGCAUCUGCCGCAUCUCUCGCAUCUCUUGGAUAUGGGGUCACUUCUUAUAGUGUGGCUUCUUCACAAACGGUCACAAUCUCGAGCGGUGUUUCGACAGCCGACAGCACUGCUUCGACGACUUCACCAGUUGGGAACUUUACUCCCGAUAGCGAACAGACCUGCGAAAGUCCCAGCAUCAUCGGCUGCAAGACAGCAUCCGACUCUUCAGCUGCCGAAGUUGCAGCAGAUAGUGGAGGCGUAUACGACUUCGUGAUCGUUGGCGGCGGUACGGCUGGCCUGGUCAUCGCGAAUCGAUUGUCUGAAAACUCAUAUACAUCUGUCGCGGUCAUUGAGGCUGGUGAUUUGGUCUUCGACAACAAGAAUGUGACCGACGUGUAUGGCUAUGGGCUGUCUUUUGGAACGGACAUUGACUGGCAAUACGAAAGUGCACCACAGGCAUAUGCUGGAAACAAAACUCAGACACUGAGAGCCGGCAAGGCACUGGGUGGAACAAGUACCAUCAACGGCAUGGCGUACUUGCGUGCCCAGAAAGCUCAAAUCAACGCUUGGGAGCAUCUCGGAAACGUAGGCUGGAACUGGGAGAGCUUGUUGCCAUUCUACAAGCGUAGCGAGAGAUUUCAAAUUCCGACCGAGGAUCAGUGUUUAAAUGGGGCCGCCUACGAUAUUGAGGUCCAUGGCACCACUGGACCUCUCAAGACUGGUUGGAACACUGGACUUCUGGGUAAGAGCGUUACCUCGCUGAUCAACGCGACAUACACAUCACUUGGACUGCCAUACAGAGCAGAAUCCAAUGGUGGCGAUAUGCGUGGCUUCACUCGCUACCCAGCGACCGUUGAUCGAGAGCUUAACGUUCGUGAAGACGCCGGUCGUGCCUACUAUCUGCCUAUCCAGAAUAGAACUAAUCUGGACCUCUAUACAAACUCCUUCGUGCAGCGCAUCACUUGGGAUGAGACCUCAACAAACUCAACACCUCGAGCUGAUGGAGUACAAUUUACUGAUUCUGCUGGAAAGCGCAGAACAAUCAGUGCUAAGAAGGAGGUGAUCCUGUCUGCUGGCGCUCUGAGAUCGCCCCUAAUUCUCGAGUUAUCCGGCAUCGGCAACCCUGCUAUUCUAGAGCAACAUGGUAUCGAUGUCAAAGUCGAUCUCCCUUUCGUAGGAGAAAAUCUCCAGGAUCAGACUACUGGUGCUGGAGUGUAUAGCUCCAACACCAGCUUCUCGGGUACUGCAGAUUACGUCGGCCACUUCAGCGUCGGGGAUAUCUUCGGGAACGACACAUAUGACUUGAACUGUACGGUCAGAGACUCGCUACUCCAAUACGCCGCCACCGUUGUUGAAGCUUCAGGUGGCAUUCUCGACCAGAAAGUCAUGGAGAAACUGUUCAUGAUCCACUACGACCUCAUCUUCAAAGAUCAGAUUCCAAUCUCGGAAAUUUUGGUCAGUCCUGGUGAGAAUCAGAUGGCUUUCUCGUACUGGGGUCUGCUGCCGUUCUCUCGUGGUAAUGUCCACAUCCAGUCCAACAACUCCACAACUCCGGCAGCUAUCAACCCGAACUACUUCCAGCUCGACUACGAUCUCAAGCAGCAGAUCGGUACCGCCAAAGCCGUGCGGAAACUGGCUGGCUCUGAGGCUCUAUGUGAUGUUGUCACCGAGGAACUCAGCCCUGGGCUCCAAAGUGUGCCCCUGAACGCUUCUAAUGAGACAUGGGCUCAAGCCAUUAAAGAUGGUUAUCGCUCAAACUAUCAUUAUAUUGCUACUGCUGCCAUGAUGGCCCAAGAUCUUGGUGGCGUGGUCGAUACCGAUCUUCUGGUGUAUGGUGUUGACAACGUGCGUGUCAUUGAUGCAUCUGUUAUUCCCUUCCAGGUCUGCGGUCAUCUUACUGCGACCGUUUAUGCGAUUGCGGAAAAGGCUGCUGAUGCCAUCAAGAGCCGCUAUUACUGA